GGGUCCGGGUCCGGGUCGGGGGCGGUUCGGGCUCGGGUCGGGCAGUGCGAAUGCGAAAGAAUUUGUCAGUUGUGCGACAACUUGUGCUGUGAAAGGAUGUCUUGACGCGCGUCCGUUCCAGAGCAGAGCACUCGAUACACGUCACAUUUGGACACAAUUUCGAGCUACAUCAAGCCAAAUAAAAAAGAGCGAAACCGAGUAAACAAACAGCACAACAGGCUGCGCUUAUCACAAGAACAAUAACAAAGAGCAUUAGAGAAACGAAGAAUCGUUGAAUCUGCCCCGCGCGCCAGUCAGUCUUCAUUGGCAGCUCGAGCCGUAACCGUGCUUGCGAGGAUCUUUGUGCGCUUCGCUGGCUUGACUUUUGACACGCUGCCACGCCCACCGCGCACACCAUAUUAAGAGCGCCCACAUUUUUUAUGGCGUAUCCGCGCCCGUGUGCUAAUGAUGUCGCGUCGCGCUGAGCCGUGCCACAGCCACAGCCAGAGCCACAGCCAGAGCCAGAGCCAGAGCAGCCGCUGCGGCAGCCUCAACGAAUCCGUUCCGCCAAACGCAGUUGCCGCCGUUGCAAGUCGCGUCGCCGCGUCGUGAGUUCUCAGGUGUUCAGGUGUGUUCAGCUGCCCGUUUGUGUGCGUCUAAUUUGCUUUGGCCAUAAAGUUGGCUCUCUCUCGUAAUCAAAGCGUGCUUUAGAGCCUUAUCGCGAAAUUAUAAUAAUUGAUGCAACGUUUCCAUCACAAACCAACCAAGACCAAUUAAUGCCAAAUCAACGGCCACGCCCACACAAAAUACAUAUAUAAAAACUAACAAAUAGUUGAACUUCGAGUGCCACAAAUUGAAAUUGAUAGAAUCGCACCUGAAGCUAAACACCAGCUCGUUCCAUGAUGGACUUUCAAAGCGCUAUGGAAACCUUCGCCGAGGCCUGGGUGGCAGCCAAUGCCGGACAGCAGAGCCAGGCCCUAGCGCUCACCCGUGCAGCCAAUGCGGCGGCUGUGGUGGCUGCUGCCAAUGCCAAUGCCAAAUCGCCAUCGGCUGCCGCCAGCCUGAUGGACAUGGCCGUCAAGAAGGAGCAUUCGCUGUCGCCGACGCACAGUGUCAUCGCCGAGGAAGCCGGCGCCGGCCUUGGCCAAUUGCAGCACAGACGUUCCUCGCUGCAGGGCGUGCAGGAGAAGCUGACACAGCUGCAGAUGCAACAUCAGCAUCACCAGCAGCAGCAGCAGCAACAACAACAACAACAACAACAGCAGCAGCAGCAGCAACAGGCUGGCUCUGAGGCAGCUAAUGCCGUCGGGCGACGCUCCACAGAGGGCAGUCCGCCUGCUGUGGGCCUGGUGCCGCAUCAACAUCAGCUACAACACCAACAACAACAACAACAACAGCAACAACAGCAACAACAACAACAACAGCAGCAGCAGCAGCAAUCGCAGCAGUUGCAGCAGCAGCAACUUUUGCUUAACUCGGACGCCGGCAGCGGCAACGCGUUGUCCUCCUCGGCGGGCUCUAGUCAGAAUGCCUCCUUGGCGGCGACACCGAAGAGCGAGCGGGAGCGGGAGCGUGAGGAGCGCGGCAGCAUCUCCUGCCUGCCGCCAGCUGCCCUGGGCAUGGCCGUGGGCGUCCAGGCACAGCAGCAGGCCGAGAAGCUGCUCAGCCAUCCGGCCUUGGAAUCCCGACGCGACUUCGAUGUCAGCAAAGUAAAUCCGAAAUCGCUUCCGCUGCACUGCGUAGUGGAGUCCGUGCACUCGCUGCACGCCUCGCUCACCAUAGACACACGCCAGCCGUGGAAACGGCGGCCCAACAUCGAGACGGACAGCUAUGUGAUCAUUGCAGCUGCCACGCCCUGGAGCGAAAUAGUCCAGACGGCGCUGCAGCGUCUCGGGUACUCGCAGGAGGUGGCCAACACGGCAAGAGGCUCGCUCAUCAUCAAGCACUGGAAGCCCAUACCAUUGGAACAGAUCUCUGAUAAUCCGGCUGUGCCGGUUAGCGAUAUUGUGGGUGAACUGACCUCGGUCAUAACGCUGCGUAUUGUCAUAUUGCGCCCGAAGACCUCACCCUUUGGCGAGAUCAAGGACAAGCUGCUCAAGCUGCUUGUGCUGCAAUCGCACGCGCUGCUCCGCUCCACCGGCUGCCCCUUGGAUGAGGUGACGCUCUCGCAGAUUUGUCGUAGCUCACAUCAGAAUACGUACGCUCUGCCCGGCGGCGAGAUACCCGAUGAGCUGCGCCGUAAAUUCGAUCAGUGGUGGUCCAAUCAGCUCUCGCCGCAGUCGGCGAUGACGCCAAAGAUGCUGCCGUUCAUGUCGGCGCCGUCGACGGUGCCGGUGGUGCCCGGCGACAUGGACUUUCCGGUGGGCACGGCAAUGGCCGCAGCUGCUGCGGCCGCGGCCCAUGCCGCUGCAGCUGGUGCUGGCGGCGCUGCCAAUCCGCUGGGCGCGAUGAGCAGUCGCGAAUCCCUGCUGCUGGCCAACGAGGCAGCCGCGGCCGCUGCGGCGGCGGCAGCAGCAGCUGGACAUCAUCCCAAUGCGGCUGUGGGCCAGGCCCAGGCGGGCGGGCAUCAUGGCAAUAUGCUGGUGCAUCCGAUGCACGCGGCCAGCAUGCAUCAUCAUCAUCAUGCGCAGGCGCAUGGCGGCCAGUAUCCUAGCCAGAAGACGCGCAUGCGCACCAGCUUUGAUCCGGAGAUGGAGCUGCCCAAGCUGCAGAAGUGGUUCGCCGAGAAUCCGCAUCCCUCGCGCCAGCAAAUCCAGACCUAUGUGGUGCAGCUGAAUGCGCUGGAGUCGCGUCGCGGCCGCAAGCCGCUCGACGUCAACAACGUGGUCUACUGGUUCAAGAAUGCGCGCGCCGCCCAGAAGCGCGCCGAGAUGCGCGGCGGCAGCCUCGGGAACGCGAUGAGCGCCUUGGGACAUGCCGCCAUGAAUGGCUAUCUGAGCGGCCACGCACCGCUGGGCCAGAACUCGAGCAGUAGCGCCGGCAGCCAGCCGCUGAGCAUGGGCAAUCUUUCUAUGUCGCACGACUAUCUCAAAAGUCCGAUGAGCUUGAAGUCCGAGGAUAUUGACACCAUGUCGCAGCAUUCCGACGAGCUGGAGGAGGAGCCCAGCAGGCCAAGCACACCGCAGCUGCCGCUCUCACUGACCACACACGAACGCCAUCGCGGCUCGCCCAUGCUCGACGAUGACGACGAGGAGGAGCAACAACAGAGGCAGCAGCUGCGGUCCGAGCAGCAGCAGCAGCAACAGCCGCAGCGCUCCAAGAGCGCCGGCAGCGAUGUGGUCAACGGCGUCGAUGAGCACGAGGAGAAGCCCGCUGUGCUGCAGAUGGGCGAUGAAGCCGCAACACAUGACAAUGACAACUCCAACUCCAACAAUGCCAAUGUCGAGGCGACUGGCAAUGCGCUCGGCGACGAGGCCGGCGCCAAUAACAACAACAACAAUAAUAACAACAAUAACGAGCAAGAGUCCGGCAGCCCGCCGAAGCGCAGCACGCCCAAAGAGGAGGACGAUGACCUAGACAUGGACGAGGACGAUGAGGACAAUGAGCAGGAUACCAGCCAUCUGGAUGAGUUUCGUUCGCCCUCGCCGGAUCUGGCGGGCAGCGUGACGCCGCACAAGGAUCAGCUGCCGUUUCCCAUGGUGCCCAACUCGAUGUUCUCGCAGUCCUUCAUGUACAUGAGCCACUAUAUACCGGCCUUUGGCCAGGCGGCCGCUGCCCAUCCGCAUGCCCAUCAUGCCGCUGCCGCUGCUGCCGCCGCUGGGCUCCAGCCGAAUACGUUAAUGGGCGGCGCCGGUCUCAACUUGUCGAGCAUCUCGAACGAGGAGCGCCGUAAGCGCAAUCGCACCUUUAUCGAUCCCGUCACAGAGGUGCCCAAGCUGGAGCAGUGGUUCGCCAUGAAUACGCAUCCCUCGCACAAUCUGAUACUCAAAUAUACCGAGGAUCUGAACACCAUGCCCUAUCGCCAAAAGUUUCCGCGUCUGGAGAGCAAGAACGUGCAGUUCUGGUUCAAGAAUCGACGCGCCAAAUGCAAACGGCUCAAGAUGUCGCUCUAUGACAACAGCCAGUGCAGCCAGCUGGGCGGCCUCGGCUCCUUUGUGCCCAAAUACGAGGAGCGCGACUAGAGGCCUCUCUUGAAUUGAAAUGAGAGGAAAUCGGAGGCGUGUCACGAGCUAUAUGUAAAUACACACUAUUUAAGACUUAAGCCCUAUGCAGCUAUGACAACAUAAUUAAGAGAGAGAAGAUAAGCCCCUAAUGCACCUAGUUAAGCGCCGUCUCUCCAAGUAUUAUAGUAAGAGUUGAACCAGUUUUCUAACCCAGUAUCAGACCCACUUUCGGUCCCAGUUAGCUAGGCGAACGAACGCCGCAGAAUAUUUAGCGAAAAAUAAAAACUAAAUAAAAAAGAAGAAUUAGUUAAAAAUUAAAAUUAGAUGAACUAAUAGGACUUUAAUUUAUCACAGCUUCUAGCAUGACCUUAACAAAUAAAACUCUAUAUCUAAAUAAGUUUAAACAUCCAUCAGUUCGCAAAGUUAGGAGUGUGUAACCAAAGAGAGCCAAUUUCAUGUGUAAAUAUGUAUGUUAUACCAAAACUAUUCUAUUACUAUAAAAUAUUUGAAUAGUUAUACUAGCAUUGGGAAUUUCCUGUUUUUCAAAUACUUUAAAGUUUUUGCCUUAUUUUAGUUCGUUUUCCAGCUUAGCACAUAUCUAUGGAGCAUUUUAUAUGUUUGAAAGAAAAAGAAGAAAUGCAAAAACUAAAAAUAUCAAAUAAAUCUAGCCCAAAAAAAGGGGGUUACGUUAAAUGUCCUGGUAUUUAAUACCUGCUAAAUGGCAUUACAUUUUCAGCCGAAAACUCAGCUGCUGUCUUAGGUAUUCCGUUGUGUAUUUGAAUUAUUCAAUUUCAAGCGUUUGAUAACAAUUACGAGUAGUAUUCACAUUUAUAAAGCUACACUUAAACGUGUUUAAUGAAUAAUUGUUCCACUAGAUCCAUAAGCAUACAAAUCGUAAACAAAAACCAACUAAA